AUGGCAAGACUAACGUGGACGAUUGCUGUAGCGAUCGCGAUCUUGGUGAUAACCGUUGAGUGCUUCAGUCCAAGCAAAAGUGAUAAUUUGACGAUCGGAAAUUAUGUAGAUUUCACACGAUUCUGGGGUAUUUGGUAUGGGGAACCGAGACUGCGGAAGAGUUAUGACUUUGUGAUUGUUGGUGCCGGGCCGGCUGGAUCUGUGCUGGCCAGUCGUUUGACCGAAGAUCCCAAAGUGACGGUUCUGCUUCUGGAAGGCGGCAAAGGGGAGUUGCCCAUUUUCACUGAUAUUCCACUGUCAGCACCUAAUCUUCAGGCGACGGAUUAUAAUUUCGCGUACGAGAGCGAAGUGCAACGGAUUGCGUGCCAAGGACUGCGCGAUCGGAAAUGUAGCUGGCCACAUGGACGAGGUGUGGGAGGGUCUUCUAUAAUUAAUUAUAUGAUUUAUACAAGAGGGAAUCGGAGGGAUUACGACGGAUGGGCUCAGGCAGGAAAUCCUGGCUGGAGUUGGGAUGAAAUCCUUCCAUAUCACAUAAAAGCGGAGCGUGCAAAUAUUAGAGAUUUUGAUAACAAUGGAUUUCAUGGAAAGAACGGUCCACUGUCGGUGGAAGACUGUCCAUUCAGAUCGCGCGUUGCCCAUGCUUUUGUCCGCAGUGCACAGCAGGCAGGAUAUCGCUACUUGGACUACAACGCCGGCGAGCACAUAGGAGUAUCUUACUUGCAGGCCAAUACGGACCGGGGAUGGCGAGUGACAAGCGGAACGGCCUAUCUGCCUCCAACAGUGGCCAAUCGCAAAAAUCUACACAUUCUCACGAAGGCAUGGGUCACCCGGUUGCUCAUUGAUUCAGAAACCAAAGAAGCCAGAGGCGUUCGAUUCACCCGAAACAAAAAAUACUUUACCGUAAAAGCUAUUCGAGAAGUGAUUCUUUCGGCAGGAGCGUUCGAGUCAGCAAAACUAAUGAUGCUGUCAGGAAUCGGGCCACGUGAUCAUCUUGAAAGUCAUGGAAUUCCGGUGCUUCAUGACACACCGGUUGGUGAAAUUCUGUACGAGCAUCCAGGUGUUCUGGGCCCUGUGUAUCUAGUCAGAAAACCGAUCGACAACUACAUUCAGUUGGACGAUAAUAUAAAUCUCAGAAACAUUGUAAGACUGAUAAAUGGGCAAGGUGUAUUCACGACCAACGCUGUUGAGAGUCUUAUGUACCUGAAAACACCCUUCGCGGAAAGUCCCGAUCCUGGUUUGCCCGACGUGGAAAUCAUGCAAGCCUUCACAUCGAUUGACUUCGAUUCUGGUCCAGGAACAUUCCUCGCAUUCCGUCUGACUAACGAAACGUACGAUGGAUACUACCGACCGAUCCGAAAUGUUCGAUCCUUCCAAUAUCUGCCAAUGCUACUGAAACCUCGGACGCGUGGAAAACUGCGCCUCCGGUCAAGGAAUCCGUUCGCUCAUCCUCAAUUCGACUACCAAUACUUUGAGGAUGAUCGUGACCUUGAAGCACUGGUAUACGGUAUGAUGGAAGCAAUUCGCGUAACUUCACAACCUGCAUUCCGAGAACUAGGCGUUGAGCUCUACUCACGCAAAGUACCGGGCUGCGAACAGUACGAAUUCAACACGCGCGAAUACUGGCGCUGCCAUGUACGCACCCUUACUGCUACCUUUCAUCAUCAGGUCGCAACGUGCAAAAUGGGCCCCGCUACCGAUCCUGAAGCCGUCGUUGACCCACGGUUGCGAGUGUAUGGAAUUGGCCGACUUCGAGUUGUGGACAUUGGCAUAGUUCCAGGGCCACCGGCAGCGCACACUGCGGCUGUUAGUUUCGUUAUCGGCGAAAAGGCAGCAGAUUUGAUUAAAGAGGAUCUGGCACGAGGGACGAUUGGUACUCGUGUUGAGAAAAUUCGACCUGUAUUGCCGAGUAGAACAGAAAAGCUUAUUGAAGAUUACGAGUCGGACGGUCUAUAUGGUUAUGAUUUUGGACCGCAAUUGUAUGACAGUUAUUUCAGCUCACCGUAUCGAUUCAGAAGAGAUGUUGGCAGUAGAAAUCAAUCAUCCAUUACGGAUAAACAUUCGAAAAGAUACAGAUAGAAGAAAAAGUGUUUGAGUUUAAGUCGGCGGGCCAAGAAAUUUCAUUUCCAUAGAACAACGCGUUAGAAAGGUUCAGAUUCAGAUGCCAUGUGAGUUGGCAACGUGCCUCAAUUCUUAGACUGAUUUCACGUAAUUGCCAAUCGUCGUUCAUAGAGUUGUAGUUACCUUAAAAGAUUUCAUUAGAGAAUUUCAUUUGUUUUGAUUAUAUUUACAAGCUGAAAUUUAGUUCAUUAUUUGAACUUGUUGAAAAUGUCUAGAAUAUCAAUAUGUUACUAGGGAGCCUUCCUUAGCCGAGUGGUUAGAGUCCGCGGUUACAGAGAAA